AUGGAAGUUGAUGACGACGUGGAGGAGGAUGACAUAGAUUUUAACCCUUUCCUUAGGGAAGGAUCUCCGUCUGAGACCUCAUCAAACCUUACCUCAGAAGCAGAAUGCGAGGAACAUAGUUCUGAAAAUCGACCAAGUAGUCAGACAUAUCUGCAGAAUACUGUAGUUAAUGAAAAUAUAAGUGACAGUGCACUUCCUCAAAAUAGAUUGUCCUCUCAAGAUGUUGUCAACGAAAUAUUUCCAGAAGAAACGUCUACCCAGGUUAAUCUUGAGAAUGAUGAAGGCCGCUUGAAUGGAUUGGAAAAAGAUGUUUUAGCAAGCGAAGCUGCUUGCUCUCCAACAGUGCAAAACCCUCAUCACCUAUCUCUCGAAAUUAGUGAGGAAGAUGCAAUUUGCAGACGGACGAGAGCAAGAUACUCACUAGAAAACUAUUCACUUGAGGAAUUGGAGACCUUUCUCCAGGAAUCAGAUGACGAUAGUGGUCUGCAAAAUGUUGAUGAAGAAGAGGAAUACCGCAAGUUUCUUGCUGCUGUCCUUUCUGGUGUAGGCAAUGACACACAGGCACUCCAGGGGGACGAUAACCAAGACGAAGAUGAUAAUGAUGCAGACUUUGAGCUCGAGAUUGAGGAGGCCCUAGAAAGUGAUGGUGAUGAAAAUGUUGAGAACUAUGACGACACAAAUCAUAGAAAAGAGAAAGAUGGCCGUAGGCCUCAGACUAGGCAGAGGCGGCCAUUAACCGAGUUGUCUGGGGCUGGUAGCUAUCGUCAGGAAUCCAAUAAAACUCAUUUAAGACCAAUUGUGCCAUAUAUUCCAUCUGCAUUGGUGACUCCUGCACAUGCUUUUGGAUGGCAAUAUCCUACCCAGAAUGCCCUUUUCCCUUCAUCCUUGAAUUCACUAACGCGUGCACCUUUAGCAUGUGGAUUUACUGAUCAGCAGCUCAGGCAACUGCAUGUGUUGAUAUAUGAGCAUGUUCAGCUCCUUAUCCAAACAUUUUCCCUAUGUGUUCUUGAUUCUUCUAGACAAGAUGUGGCUAAUAAUGUCAAAAAGAUGAUAGUUGAAUUGGUUGGCGCUCGUGAUCAAGCAUUGGCUAGGAGUGCUCCUCAACGGCAUAUCUUCUUUGAAUCCCAGCAUCUCUCGUCUAGUUUUGUUUCUUUUGAAAAUUCGGAAUGCCAAUGGAUUCCGUUAAUCAAGAGUCCGAUUAUAUCCAUCCUUGAUGUCGCACCGCUUGAGUUGGCCCUCGACUAUUUAAGUGAUGUUGCAACUGCUGUCGUGAAGUAUAGAAAAAGUCAUGUGGAUGGCACUGCUGACGAAACCCGCAGGAAAGAGCCCCUGUUUCCUUCACCAGUGAUUAACAGUUGCAAAGAAGUGAAUAAUGUUUCUCAAGAUAGAUCAACUAGUGUGCCUACAGCAUCAUCUCCUUCAUCUGGGCAGUUGAAGCAGAAGAAAUCGUUGGCUGCUACCCUGCUUGAGAAUAUUAAAAAGGAUACAGUUGCUCUUGUUCCUGCUGGCAUUGCAAGAUUAGCACAGAGGUUCUUUUCACUUUUCAAUUUUGCACUCUUUCCUCAUAAGUCACCUCCUUCAGCUAUGGCCAGUAGAGUGCUUUUCACUGAUGCAGAGGACAGAUUAUUAGCUCUAGGAAUUCUGGAAUAUAACAAUGACUGGGCAGCAAUACAAAAGCGCUUUCUUCCUUGUAAAUCAAAGCAUCAGAUAUUUGUGAGACAAAAGAAUCGUAGCUCCUCCAAAGCUCCUGAUAAUCCAGUUAAGGAUGUGCGCCAUAUGAAGACAUCUCCAUUGACAGUCGAGGAGAAAGAAUGUAUCCAGGAGGGGCUGAGGAUAUUCAAAAAUGACUGGACAUCAGUUUGGAGGUUUGUAGUGCCACAUAGAGAUCCUUCACUGCUCCAACGUCAAUGGAGAGUUGCAAGUGGAGUCCAGAAAUCUUACACUAAAAGUGAUGCUGAAAAAGAAAGAAGGCGAACAUAUGAAGCAAAGAGGAGAAAGCUUAGAGCAUCCAUGCCCGAUUCACACUGUGGACAAGAGGCUGAUAACAAUGCUUCUGAAGAUGUUGAAAAUGAUGAUGAUUCAUAUGUCAAUGAAGCAUUUUUGGAAGACACAGAUAGUAGGAGCAUGAACAUGAUGCCUUGUCAACUGUCCUUAUCAAAACAUGCUGGCAAAAGCAUGAUGAUGCAGUCAGGCACAGGCGUCGAUGAAGAAUGUGGUGCUACAUGUGGUUACAUUGAACCGCAGAAAGGAAGUGGUGCGAAACUUGAUGUAACCACCUCAUAUAUACCUUUUAUGUACUGCCCUUCUGAUGGACCAUCAUAUUUGAGAACACCUUCCACUGCAGCUCCAGUGGUAUCAUGUGGAUCUCUGGACCAACUGCCGGCUUCCAAAUUGAGUAAAGAGAAAGGUGGUUGUGUGGUCAAGUUGGCUCCAGACUUGCCUCCUGUGAACCUUCCACCUUCUGUCCGUGUCCUAUCUCAGGUGGCAUUUCAUCCGAACGCAACACACUUUCAUGGCACCUCGGAUCAUGCAGCAAAGAAUAUGUAUCCUGUGCCACCUCUGGCCUUUACAGAAAGUGCUUAUAGACAGCUAAAUCUGUUCCCUGAUCACAGAGCUAAUUCUAGAUUGCAGCAGAAUGAGAUCUCUAAUGAUAAUGCUACGGAGGAUGGUGCUGAGCAAGAUUUGCAGAUGCAUCCUUUACUGUUUCAGUAUUCUCGAGAUGUGGUUUCGUCAUAUAGUCACCCGGUUCAAAAUCUUAUUAAUCAGUCAAGAAAAUAUGAUCUUUUCCCCUUUGAGAAACUUCGAGUUGAGAGAAGUAACAACCAGACUACAGGUUCCACCGAAAAUGGUACUGUAAAUACUAACACUAUCGACUUCCAUCCUCUCUUGCAAAGAACGGAAGUUGAUGUGCAUAAUGAAGUAGCAGAAUAUGAUAGUAACCUUGAUUACCAUCAGUCUGAUAAUAACAUGAGCGAAGUCCCAGUAGAUGACCAGUCAACAGCUGGGCAAGCAUCCACAAGCCCUUCUGAGAGGGAGACAAGUAUUGACUUGAACAUUCAUUUAUGUUCUCCAACGGCAAUAAAAGAUUCAAAUGACUUCAGAAGUAGUUUUAGCAGAUCAAAUGUUCAAGAUGAAGUUUCUAGGAAGGACAAAUCAAGUGUUCCAGAGCUCGAGGUUAUAAAUUCCUAUUUUCAUCAUUGCAUUCAAGAACCUAAUGAAGAAUCAAUGCAAGGAAUUGUAAUGGAGCAAGAAGAAUUAAGUGAUUCUGAGGAAGAUAGCCAGCAUGUUGAGUUUGAAUGUGAGGAAAUGGAUGAUUCUGAAGAGGAGCAAGUUGAGGGUCCAGAAGCCUCUCCAAUUCAAAAUAAGGGUAUCUCAGCAUCAGUUGUUUUUGGGGAAUUUCAUGUUAGUAGUGACCAGAGUCAAAUCCAGCAAGAAUCUGUUCAAAAGGAUAAACAGGGUGCAAGCUCGAUGCAGAAAACACAAGUUCCUUCUCGGUCAGUGAGGGCUAAGUUGAAGCCGGAAACUAAGCGCACAGGAUCUAGGACGAGCCAACGCUCCUCCACUUCUCGCAUAGCUGAAACUAGCCAGAGCAAAACCAGAAGUUAUAAAGUGCCACAGGGACAGUCAAGUGCUGAACGCAAGCCCAAUGAUUCAAGAACUCGAAAAACUCCGGCCCCAAGCUGA